UUGACUCGGACUCAGCUGCAUAUACUUGUGUCUGGAUCACACAGGAUUACAGAGAACUGUGCGCGAUACAUACUGUAAGGAUAUCUGUCUUUAACGUGCAAUAUGACUUUUGAAGAGCCGUGUGGAGAUAACGCAACGGAAAGAAUGGACUCUGUUGAAAAGGCACUGGAAGAGGUCCUGACAGCUGCGUUACCUCAGGGUUGCAUCACUGUGGGAGUUUAUGAAGCAGCGAAGUCGCUUAAUGUGGACCCAGACAAUGUAGUCUUUUGUCUGCUGGCCACAGAUGAGGAGGAUGUGAAAGAUGUGGCCCUCCAGAUCCAUUUUACCUUGAUUCAAGCCUUCUGUUGUGAGAACGACAUCAAUAUCUUGCGAGUGAACAACAUGAGACGUCUGGCAGAGAUCCUGGAGGGCAUGAAACCGGGAGGAGAGUCGAUGGACCUCCACUGUGUAUUAGUCACCAAUCCACAGUCGUCCACAUGGAAAGAUCCAGCGCUCAGCAAACUAAAUCGAUUCUGUAGAGACAGUCGGGGUUUGGACCAGUGGGUGCCAGUCAUCAAUCUGCCCGAACGAUGAACCGAAGCAAACAAUCUACUUCACAGCUUUUACAAGCUACUGCACAAGAUUGGAGUUCUGCUCUGGAUGAAGCCUAAUAAUAACGAGGGAUUAACCAAACGCGCCGGAUGAGAUGUAUUCCAGCAAACCCAAUGAUCAGAACAAGUGUGGAUUUUGUGUUUCCAGGUGGUUCAGAACAGGAAGAAUGAAUGAAUGACUGACUCAGCGCUGUGUUCAAAGUGCUGCAGGGAUUGAGUUUACCGGGAAAGAGACUGCACAGGAAACUGAAUCACACAUGCUGGAUUGGAGUAUUAAGACUGGAACACGUGCAGCUGGAAUCUACUCGAGCAAAUGUGAUCUGGCUGUCUGAGAUCAGAUGGGCUGGGAAAUGUUGGGCUUUCUGCAACCCCGCUGCAAGAGCAUAACUCAUGAUAUCAAUGCUGUCCUGUAUUAUAAUUAUUUAAAAGGGAAUAUACACGUUUUUAUUGAUUUGAGUAGAAAUGAGUUACUUGUUUAACUGUUUUACAAUAUGUUCUCUCUUGUAUUUUAAAAUGUUAAUUUAUUCACUGUAUUUAUAUUGUUGCGUUCAUCAUCAGAAAGUGUUCGAAAUAAAAUGUCAGAUCAA